CGUGACAUCGCACCAGCUUUUGUUUAGAAGCCCUUUGCUGCAGAUAAAGAGCAGUUGUGGUAUUAAUCUCCAACAUCACAUCCAUCCAUCCAUCCAUCCAUCCAUCAUGAGGACCAGCCACAUCCUCCUGCUGUGCAUCCUGGGAUAUACUCUGCUCGCCACGGUGCUCUGCAUUAAUGGAAUCGGUCCUGACGACUGCUGCUUCGAACAUUACACGAGAACAGUGGACAAAAGACUCAUCCGCUCGUAUAUCGUGACUGAUCGCCGAUGCCCCAAGACUGCAGUCGUUCUGUUAACGAAAAGGUCUCGUCGCAUCUGCGUGGAUCCGAAUCGCUCCUGGGUUAAGAGCAUCAUGGGAAUGGUGGACAAGAGGACCUUUUGAACCGGCUGCCUGCUUGUCUUUUUUCUUUCAAGUUACUGCGGCUUUUGUUGCUUCAUCAGAUGGCAUACUAUGAAAAUGCAUGUUGCAAUGUGGUCAUGAUUUUGGUAUUAAUGUGUAAAUCUGUUGUAAGUAAUUCAAGAUUUUGCCUCCAAAUGGAGUCAUUUUGAGCUUGCUUUGGCACCAACUUAUCCAGUGUUUCUGUUAUUUCUUUUGGAUGCUUUGUCACAUCAUACGAAUACAGUGAAUAGUGUGAACGCUU